AAAGGAAUUUCAAAUACAACCGGCUUGCCAGGUUUUUGCAUACGUUAGGAUCCGCUACGGAAUUGCGAGCGGAAAACGACGACAACUCUGCUGUAAUACUUCACUUCGAUGACUCAGUCGCAGGAGCAAAUGGCAAGUCAUUUACGUGACCCAAUGGCAAGCGGAAGCACCUCUUUGGCCAUGCAGCAAGCCCUUUCACCUUAUCAAAGAGAGCUUUACCUCGGCCGUGCCGCGUGUGAGCACCGUGACGAGCAGGAACAUCCGCACAUAACUAAUUUUGCGGCCACACUAUACUUGCACCUACCUUUGAGUGCCGACAAGCUCAACUUCUCUGCCGACCACCCGGCAGGUAUGCUGAAGGGACAGCUACUCGAUGCUGCCAACAUGCGCAACAUCUGCCUCGGUCAGAUGUGGCUCGAAUGUCAAGCAUAUGAUGUGGCACACUGCGAUGAAGGCACCAAGCUGAACAAAGUGGAGAAUUACUUGGCCAACGAGCUUUUCAAGCCGGAGUACGAGGGUAAAGUCGCAACGGCCAAGAAGGUGCUGCAUAUCGAGUCGGUGUGGGUGGAAGAGCGUUUGCGUGGACAGGGUCUUGGGAGAUGGAUGGUGGCUGAGAUCAUCCAUCAGCUCGGCUUGAAAGACGUGCCAGCCAUUGUCUUGCUACAAGCUGGCCCAUUAGCGCGAGAACGUCGAUGUGUUGACGGAGCCACUAUAGCUACUCCCGCGCGACGAGACUGUGGCACUGCCCACGAGAAGCUUACUCGUUACUAAAAGCAGAUGUGCUUCGAUGAGUGGAGCGAUAGCGACGAUGCUUGGCUGUG